CGCCAGUCAGUCUUUCCCGGCGGUUGGCUCUUGAUGGUUCGAUUUUCUUGCGCUUUUUUUCUUUCAAAUUGUUCGCGUUUGCUCUGUUGAUUGGUAACCUUUCUUAGGUCACCGGCGUCAGGUUGUUAUCAAUUCAGUUCGGUUUCUUUUACAAAAAAUACAUAAAUGUGAUUAGUUUGAAUUGACAAAUGUUCUAAGGAAAACAAACUCGACACGAUAGUGUAAUGAAGAUGUUAAAGUGCUUGAUCCUGUUGAUAGCGGUUUGCGGUGCCUUCGCGGGUCCAAGCGGCCAACGGUGGAGGAAUGGAAAUGGAUUUUAUAAGCGCGGCCAGCGUGACGACUAUCAGGCGUAUUCAGAUGCUGACAGAAGCGGAUCUUCUACUUGUGGAUAUGAGUCAUGCCCGGCGGUUAAGAAGAAUAUGCUUAACAUCCAUUUGGUUCCGCACACCCACGACGACGUCGGCUGGUUGAAGACGGUCGAUCAGUACUACUAUGGCAGUAAAACAUUAAUUCAAAAAGCUGGCGUUCAGUACAUACUUGAUUCUGUGAUUGAUGCCCUGUUGAAGGAACCAUCGCGUCGCUUUAUUUACGUCGAAUCGGCGUUCUUCUUCAAAUGGUGGAAGGAACAGACGCCGGAGCGACAAGACACAGUUCGUGAUUUAGUGAACGAAGGCCGGCUGGAGUUCAUCGGCGGUGGGUGGAGCAUGAAUGACGAAGCAGCCACACACUAUCAAAGUAUCAUCGAUCAGUUCACCUGGGGAUUGCGGCGGUUGAAUGACACAUUUGGGGAGUGUGGCCGACCCCGGGUCGGCUGGCAGAUUGAUCCGUUUGGUCACUCGCGGGAACAGGCUUCCAUUUUCGCCCAGAUGGGUUUCGACGGGCUGUUCUUUGGCCGGUUAGACUACGAAGACAAGCGCCAGCGGAUGUCGAAGAAGAGCGCGGAAAUGCUUUGGCGUUCGAGUGCCAAUCUUGUGGAUGGCGAUCUCUUCACGGGAGUGCUGUACAACACGUACCAACCGCCGCCUGGAUUCUGCUUCGAUAUUCUAUGCUCGGAUGAACCGUUCAUAGAUUCGCCCUACAGUGCGGAGAACAAUGUGGACUCGAAGGUCGACCAAUUCAUAGCCAUUGUACAGAACAUGAGUUCAUCCUACCGCACAAAUAACAUUAUUCUAACAAUGGGUGAAGACUUUCACUACCAAUACGCCGAAAUGUGGUUCAAAAAUCAAGAUAAGCUCAUUAAAUACACCAACGCCCGUCAGGAAAACGGCUCGAAUGUGAACGUUCUCUACUCAACACCCUCAUGCUACCUGAAGGCACUGCACGACGCCGACAUCACCUGGCCCACAAAAAGCGAUGACUUCUUCCCGUACGCUUCGGAUCCGCACGCAUUCUGGACCGGCUACUUCACUUCCCGUCCCACCAUCAAACGCUUCGAACGUGUCGGUAAUCACUUCCUCCAGGUAUGCAAACAACUCUCGGCACUCGCACCCACCAAGGAAAACCACUUCACCGCCCAUCUGAACGUCCUCCGGGAGGCGAUGGGUGUGAUGCAGCAUCACGACGCCGUCACCGGUACGGAAAAACAGCACGUAGCGAACGACUACUCUCGGAUGUUACACCUUGCCAUCGAAGCCUGCGGCGCUAACACUAAGAUCGCCCUGAACCAGAUGGUGGAUCCCGCCCAGAAGAAGCAAACCUUUUCCAAACGAAACUUCCACGGAAUCGAACGCGAGUUCACGUUCGAAUUCGACACCUGCCACUGGUUGAACAUCAGCAAGUGUGAAAUCAGCGAGGGCAAGGACAACUUCAUGGUGACUCUGUACAAUCCGUUAGCCCACUCUGGGUACCAGUACGUCCGGCUGCCCGUUUCUGGCAACAAAUACAUCGUCAAAGACUACCGUGGAGUGGAAACACCCUCCCAGAUGGUUUCGAUUCCGGAGACGAUCCAAAAUCUAAACUAUCGCUUCAGUAACGCCACUCAGGAGUUGGUUUUCCUAGCGAACGAACUUCCUCCCCUGGGGUACAAAUCGUACUUCGUCUCGCGCGUGAUCGAAACCGUAGAUGAUUUCACCCGAAUACAUCGUUCCCCACCGGCAGUAUUCUUGCAAUCCACAGGAGCACCCAAACAGUGGCACGCAGAGGAGGUCAUGAUUGGGAACAAAUACCUGAACGUAAGCUUCGACAGUAAUGGGUUCUUGAGUUCGAUCAGUGCUAACGGUGUUAGCAAUCGCUUGCGACAGACAUUUGUGUACUACGAGGGAGCGAUCGGAAACAAUGUCGAAUGGCGCAAUCGAUCUUCGGGAGCAUACAUUUUCCGCCCCAACGGUACCGAAAAGUACGUAAGCGAUUCCGUACUACUGCGUGUUUUCAAGGGCAAUGUGGUUCAGGAAGUUCAUCAGGUGUUCAACGAGUGGAUCAGUCAAGUGGUUCGAGUCUACGCCGACGAGAAUCACGUAGAGUUCGAAUGGCUGGUCGGCCCGAUUCCGGUGGAUGAUGGUAUCGGCAAGGAGGUUGUUUCACGAUUCUACACAGCCGCUCAGUCGAAUGGCGUUUUCUGGACCGAUUCAAACGGUCGAGAAAUGAUUAAAAGAACACGAAACCACCGGGAUACGUGGAAAUUGCAGCUUGAGGAACCGAUCGCCGGAAAUUACUAUCCGGUGACAACGAAGAUCGCCCUGGAAGAUGACAAAAUUCGGCUAGCGGUUUUGAACGAUCGUGCCCAGGGUGGCUCCAGUUUAGAGGAUGGAUCAUUGGAGUUGAUGGUACAUCGGCGGCUGCUGCAUGAUGAUGCUUUUGGUGUUGAUGAAGCUCUCGACGAAAACGCCUUCGGUAAGGGCCUGAUAGCUCGCGGUAAGCAUUACGUGAUUUUCGGUACGAAAAAGAACACCAGUCCAACUCUGCAGGCUAGGGAGCGAUUCCUGCAGAACCAGGUGCUGCUACCAACGUGGGUCUUCCUAAGUGACACCACUAACUACAAGUACGAGGAAUGGCAGAAGAGAUUUAACAAUAUCUACUCAGCUCUCUCGCUAUCCCUCCCGCUGAACGUCAACCUGAUGACGUUCGAGCCAUGGAAGGAAAACAGUCUCCUGGUGCGUUUCGAGCACCUGCUGGAGAAGGACGAAGACCCAAUGUACUCGAAGCCGGUCCGAUUCAACCUGCAGGAUAUCUUCCGCUUGCUCAGCAUCGAAGAAAUUGCCGAAACUACUCUGGCAGCGAACCAAUGGAAGGAGGAUAACAAACGGUUAAAGUUCAAACCGGAUCCUGCGUACAUGCAACAGGUGACCAGUGCAGAUCUGGUCGAUGUCGAUCCUUCUCUUUCUAGUACCGACCGUACCAACGCAAAGCAGGAAGAGUCAACGGAUGCUUUGCGUAAUGUGAGCAACGAAGGAUACGAGAUCGUACUCGGUCCGAUGCAGAUUCGAACCUUCGUGUUGCAGCUGGAGUUCAGGCCAUAGAAAUACAGGUGUAGACGUAAGUGUGACUGAUACGUACGAAUUAAAUGUUAGUUGUAGUUUUAUCUUAA